CCCGCCCCCCCCCGUGCCGGGUGUAUGGAUGUUGUGGUGUCCCCGGGCGAUGGGCCCCGCUCCCGGCCCGGGUUCAGGCGGUGUUCCCCGGGCCUGGGCCUCUCCCUCCUGCUGCUGCUGCUGGUGUGUGUGAGCGGGGCCCGGGCCACUCUCUCCCGGAAGGACAUCCGGAAACAGGCGGCAGGCCGCGGGCCCGAGGAGGAGACCGGACCUUCGAAGCAUUUGGUGCAGGAGAGAGGACUGGUCGUCACUGAUCCCAAGGCUAGAGAUAUUCUGAAGGAGCAUAAGAGUUACUGUGCUGCCAAGGUGGUAGAGCGACACUUCAGUGGUGACGUUCUGGGCUAUGUCACACCCUGGAACAGUCACGGUUAUGAAAUCACUAAGACCUUUGGUGGUAAAUUCACCUUAAUUUCCCCAGUUUGGCUUCAGAUCCAGAGAAAGGGAGUUCAGCUUUAUUACGUCACUGGUCACCAUGACAUAGACCAAGGGUGGAUGAAGAAUGUGAAAGCAGAAUUUGAAGCAGUCCGUUUUGUUCCUCGGAUUUUGUUUGAUUCCUGGAUGUACCGUGACUAUGAAAGUCUUUUUAACAGCGAGGAUGAAAUCGAAGAGCUGUCGGAAGCAUUGGUGCAGACCGCAAAGGCUGAGGAGUUUGAUGGCUUUGUCUUGGAGAUAUGGAGUCAACUUGGUGGUCAGAAACGCAAGGAACUUGUCCACGUGAUCCGCCAUUUGGCCAAUGCCUUGUGGGAAGCCAAGCUGAAAACUGUGCUGGUGAUCCCCCCCGCCAUCUCUGCAGGGACCAACCAGCCGGGAAUGUUUGGGAAGCAGGAUUUUGAGCAGCUGGCCCCCGUGGUGGACGCUUUCAGUCUCAUGACGUACGACUUUUCCAAUCAGCAUCGACCUGGCCCCAACUCUCCAAUCCCCUGGAUCCAAGCCUGUGUUCAGACGUUGGACCCCGAUGCAGUCUGGAGGAGUAAGAUUCUCUUGGGACUGAACUUCUAUGGGAUGGACUAUGGUAUUCUUGGAGGGACAGCAGAGCCCAUUGUCGGGCACAGGUAUGUCGAGAUUCUGAAAGAUUACAAGGUAAAGCUGCAAUGGGAUGAGAAAGUUGCUGAACAUUUCUUUGAUUAUAAGAGGCACCAGGGAGGGAAACAUCUUGUGUUUUACCCAACAUUAAAGUCUAUCCAAGCCCGAUUAGAGCUGGCAAAAGAGUUGGGUACUGGGAUCUCUAUCUGGGAACUGGGACAGGGCCUGGACUAUUUCUACGACCUGCUCUGAGUGGGUGGCUGACUCCCACCGGGACAAUCCAUCAACUGCUUUGUUUCCAAAGGCUGAAGGAAGAUCUCGGAGUUUCUGUGCCCAGCUCCCGUCUGUAUCCCCUGAAGGGAAUGGUUUCUCCAGCCGAGUCUUGGGAAGAAUUCACAGCUUGAACCACACUGGGACUCUUCACAUUCCUAAAGCCACUCUUUAAAUAAAGGUUUUGGUGAACAGUG